UUUCCGACGCUGACAACCUUCUCGCUUCCGAGCUCUCCGGCGUUCCAUUGCCUCCACCGGGUUGCCACCUCCAGUCAUACGCACACUACACUCAAAUACACCAGACAAGAACGCUUUCCGUGAGCUGCCCAAACCAGAACGGAAACUGUUGUUCAUGCCGUCGCUCUUUGAAGGGACGUUGCAGCCCGUCUUACCACCGAGAUUUUACCACCUUUUCCCACGAUGAGCUUCCAGUGCGUACGCUCAAGAUGGGCGCAACUAUCCGGUCUCACAAGCGGACCACGGUCCAGCCUCAUCAAUAAAUCUCCGCAACGCAUUCUCCUCCGCCCAUCCCACCGUGAACUCCAAACCUCAGUCAACCAAAUCAAACGCGGCACCGUCCUCGAUUUCCGGAACAAACUCUGGAUAGUAAACAACAUGACCCACCACUCGCAAGGCCGAGGCGGAGCGCACUACAAACUCGACUUGCGAGAAGUGCUAGGCGGUGGGAAGCUGCUUGAGAGGUUCAACGCGGGCACAAUGGUGGAGACGGUCGACCUGCAAGUGAAACAGCUGAAAUUUAUGUAUGCGGACCACGAGCUGCACUUACUUGACCCGGUGGACUAUGAGGAGCAUGUGGUGCCGAUGUCGUUGUUUAGUGCUGGGGACAAGGGGCUCCCGUUCCUCAAGGACUCGAUGGAGUUGAAGGUGGAGUAUUACGAGAAUACGCCAGUUAUUAUCAAAAUGCCAGAACGGGCCACGUAUGAGGUUGUGAACACGGCACCACCUGCAUCGUCGGGUGCGAGCGACAGCAAAGGGACAGCGUUCAAGGAUGCGGAGUUGGAGACUGGUGCUCGGGUGCUUGUACCCGAGUUUGUGACUAUCGGCGAUAAGAUCGUGGUUGAUUUGCUGGAGCACAAGUACGUGACAAGAGCCCGUUGAGAGAUCUGCAUUCUCCAAUGCGGACAUGCCGCGCAUGGGGAUGAAAAGGCAUUGCUGCAAGAGAAACGCCGAAUAUCUUCCAUUGUAUCUAUCGUAUUCUACCCAAGGAAUGCUCUACAUAUUUUAGACAUAAAUACUAUGUACAUUUGCGUGGUGACCUCAAAAGUAACCCGCGCUCUGCAUCUCUAU